AUUCUUUAUGAGUUGAUGUGAUUGGAGUAAGAUUUCUGCACGUUUGACGUCGGUGCGAAAAGUCAAUUAGAUGGAGAAGCUCUUUUGUAGUCGGGGAUGCAAAAUUAUUGGGGAAAGAAGUCGUAGGUCGAAGGGUGAAAUUAUUUGCCGAGUUAAACGGUGGCAGUUGGUGGUGAAACUCGUGCCGGAGAAUCAGGAAGUUGUACGAAGCAACAGCCAUGGACUGUAACGAAUUCCGAAUAAAAGGCAAAGAAAUGGUCGACUACAUCUGCAACUAUAACGAAAACCUCCAUUCCCGUCGUGUCACCCCCAACAUCGAGCCCGGCUAUCUCCGCAAACUCCUCCCUGAAGAAGCCCCCCACAACCCCGAAGACUGGGACGCCAUAAUGUCUGACAUAGAGUCAAAAAUAAUGCCUGGAGUGACUCACUGGCAACAUCCACGAUUCCACGCGUAUUUCCCUUCUGGAAAUUCCUUUCCCUCCAUUCUUGGAGAUAUGCUUUCGGACGGUAUCGGCUGUAUUGGAUUCUCUUGGGCUGCAAGUCCGGCUUUAACCGAACUGGAGACCAUCGUUUUGGAUUGGUUGGGGAAGGCGAUCGGUUUGCCGGAUCAGUUUUUGGCGUUUAAGGAAGGAAGUCGAGGUGGAGGAGUUAUUCAAACGUCGGCGAGUGAAUGCGUGCUUGUAUCGAUGUUGGCGGCGAGGGCUCAGGCUUUGAAGAGGCUGAAACAGCAACAUCCGUUUGUGGAGGAAGGGCUUUUGCUGUCGAAAUUAAUGGCGUAUUGCUCCAAGGAGGCACACUCGUGUGUGGAGAAGGCGGCGAUGAUUUGUUUCGUGAAGUUGAGGAUUUUGGAACCGGAUGAGAAGUCGUCGCUGAGGGGGUCUACACUCAUGAUGGCAAUGGAGGAGGACGAAACCAUGGGCCUCAUCCCGUUUUUCGUGUCCACCACCCUAGGCACUACCUCCAGCUGUUCCUUCGACAACCUGAACGAAAUCGGCCCCGUGUGUCGCAAAUUUCCGUGUGUUUGGUUGCACGUCGACGGCGCUUACGCCGGCAAUGCCUUCAUCUGCCCGGAAUUAAAAUACCUCCUAUCCGGGAUCGAAUACGCCGACUCUUUCAACACAAACCCGAACAAAUGGCUAUUGACAAAUUUCGAUUGUUCCACAAUGUGGGUUCGAGACAGAAUUCGAUUAACAUCCGCAUUAGUGGUAGAUCCGCUUUAUCUCCAACACGGAUAUUCAGACGCCACGAUUGAUUAUCGACACUGGGGAGUCCCCUUAAGUCGCAGAUUUAGAUCACUGAAGCUGUGGUUUGUAUUAAGAAGUUACGGAAUUUCCGGACUACAAAAAUACAUCAGACAUCAUAUUAAACUUGCCAAGAUUUUCGAAUCCUUGGUGUUGAAAGAUCACAGAUUCGAAAUUUGCAAUGAUGUCAAACUGGGUCUAGUGUGUUUUCGGUUGAAGGGAUCUGAUAAAAUUAAUGAAAAAUUAUUGAGCAACAUCAAUGCUUCUGGAAAACUUCACAUGGUUCCUGCCAAUGUUAAUGAUAAAUAUGUUAUCAGGUUUUGUGUGGUGGCCCAAAAUGCUACAGAGGCUGAUAUAGAUUUUGCAUGGAAGGUUAUUAGAGAUUUUUCAGAAGAAUUAUUCGAUAGUCAGGCCUUAGAAAAAGAACAGGAGUUGCAAGACGAUGUUUUCGAACUGAUGGAACGCAAGAAGAAGGAGACUUUGGCCCACAAACGGUCGUUUUUUGUGCGUAUGGUCAGUGAUCCGAAGAUUUACAAUCCUUCGAUAGCCAAAGCUUUGCCCUCGACUCGGAGACAUCUGACCGAGACCGUCGAAUCACCCGAUGGGAAUGUCACGGUCCAACCGCCUUUGAGCGCUUCGUGGAUCAGCUGGCCGUUGGCCUUCCUAUUCCAAGGAAUCAACGAGGAUGGAAGUUCCAGCGACGUCCCAAUUCGAUUCCGGCAUCUCGAUACGAAAGUUCGAUUAAAAGCCGCUGGAAAAACAACAAACGGAGGCCAAUCGCCGUCUCCUGAGGGUGAAAAUAACAAAUCGCCGAAACGCUCGCCGGUUCUCACUCCAAAACUGCAUCAAACUGAUCACUAA